CCCACGGACUUUUGUAAAACACCAAUAAGCCUCCCUGGGAAUGGGAUCACAAAAAUUCUCUUAUUUUGGAUCAUCCCACCUGGAAAUGGAAUAAACUUUUUUGUUUGACAAGAAGAUCUGUGACUUUUGUGAGCCUUUUUGAAUUGUUUAAAAAUGUUUGUGAACUGGUUUUUUCCACUGGCUCUGUUUGAAUAAAGCAACGGAAGUCCAUUGUAAGAGAGGUAGUGGCAUUUCUAAAAGUGCGUCCCUGGGGUUCUGGUGCAUGGAGCUAAAAGGCGUCAGACCAAGCAAAGAAAUCUACUGGUUUAUUUGGGAUAAAAUGCCAAAGUGGUUCAAGGAGUUUCCCAUAGCUCUGAAGCAUGACACAGACAAGAUCUGCUCUGCCUCCGAAUCAGACUCUCAACCAAAUGGAUCCAAAACAGGUCAACGCAAAAACUCCUCUGUGGAUGGGACGGGUGGAUCAGGAGGUGCUGGGUCUCUUUUGUCUGGAAAAAACCAGAAGAACUCAGGCAGAAUGAGCGUGAUCUCUCAGAAAGACAAAAAAGUUUGGGACAGCUUGCUGAAAAGCUACAAAAACUCCAGAACAGAGUCGACGUUCGAGGAGCAACACAGACCUCUGAAAGCCUCUUCCUCUGCCUGUUCCUACAUCAGCAGGAUGAUCAGAGUGGACAAACAGGACAAAAAACCCAACUUCAACAAUGGUACCAUGACCGUUCUGGUCCCUGAAGCUGAGAAAACAACGCCAUUCAAGACAGAAAUUAUGAGGAUUCUUGAGGAUUAUGCUGACCCUUUUGAUGCUCCGAGGACCAGAGAACAAAGGGAUGUGGAGCGUCUCGGGGAGAACGAUGGCUACAUGGAGCCUUACGAUGCUCAGCAGAUGAUAACAGAGAUCAGACGGCGAGGAUCCAAAGAUCUGUUGAAGGGGUCUGCGCUGACAGACAGAAGCAGAGGAACAUUUGAGAAAGGUCAUUCUGGUUCUAUACGGAUUUAUGACCUUCCAUACGAAGGAGGUGGUGACAACAAGAGGACAGAGGUCACAAGGCCAGAGCUGGAUCGGCGUCCUGCCACGGAGUAUGAGCUUCCCUGGGAGCAGAGUAAGGAGCACAUAGUCUGGACUCUGUCAGCACAAUUCGACAACCCAGUCAGAGAUGAGACGCUGCAGGAGCAUCUGAAGCAGAAAAGCAGAACCCAGAACAUCUUGAGAUCUUCUCCAGCACUGCUGCCAUAUCUGUCUAACCCUGAGAGUGAAAUCUGCUGCAUCAACCCCUCCCUGCCCCUGGAAAAACAAAGCUGGUACCACGGCUGUGUGACCCGACAGGAAGCAGAGUUUCAGCUGCAGUCCUGCAGAGAGGCCAGCUUCUUGGUCAGGAACAGUGAGCCAGACAACAACAAGUACUCCAUUGCCCUCAAAACCACUCAGGGUUGUGUUCACACCAUCGUCGCCCAAACAAAAGAGAACAGCUUCCCUUUGGACCAGAGCAGCUGUGUGUUUCCCAGCAUCCCACAGGUGGUGUACCACUACCGCACCCAGCGUCUGCCUUUCCCCGGAGCCCAGCACACGACUCUGCUGCACCCGGUGCCUCGUUCUAUCCACUGAUUUAAAAAAAAAAAGUUGGUUUGAAUGAUUUGAUGACUUUCUUUUCAUUUUGUUUGAUGCGCAGCUGAUGCAAAACCUCCAGCUUGCUGUUUUGCAUGUGAACAAGCUCUGCAGAACUUUGUUUCUGAUUUAAAUGUGACCUGAUUGAGAGCAGGAUUCAUUUUGUGAGCUGAAUGCUGCUGCUGCUGGUGUUUAUGACAUAGUUCAAUGCUGAGAUAAAAUAUUCUGAGGCAGAAAAGAUUGUAUUUGCUCUCUUUUGCCCUCUGCUGGACAUUUAUACAAACAUCAUCAUCUCACCCAAACAAAGACUUCUUUUACUCGGAUUUAGUUCCUUGCAGAGAAAGCAUGUAAUUCUGCUCUUAAAGAUCUGGAAAGCGGGAAUUUUGUGUGAAAACCUGCAUAAAAUUGUAAUCUAAACAGUUUUUGUUUUGGAGGAUUUUUACUGUGAAUAAGGGAGGUGUUUUUUAAGUGCUCUUCGAUGUGAAGAGGGGAUGAUUCACCCCAUAGAAAUGCACUUGAUGGAGUGAGGGCUUGAUAACAAAAGCUGAUUGAAAGUGAAAUGAGUCUGUUUGUUCAGGUGGAUUUAUGCUUAAGAAGUAAAUUACAUUUGAUCUCUAGCAGACAAAUAAAUAAUAGUGAAAUAAACAAAUGAGUCUCCUUAACGACCACAUAGAUCUGAUGCCAACUGAGCAAAAAUAUGACUUUUAAUCAUACGGAUAUUAUUACUUUCAGAAUAAUCAACAGUUUAUCAUGUUUUAAAAAGAUAGUCAGUAUCGGCAGCUGAGAGUUCAGAAAUUGGUAUCAACCCUCAAAAUCUCAAUCGAUGCUUCUCUAAAGAUUACAUUCUUAUUUAAUUUGUCUCUUUGGGGAUCAAAAAUAUCUUUUCCAGAGGAAAAAAACCUUUUUGUCCAUGUUUUUUUUAAUAACUUGUCAUUCAUGUGUUGUAAAAUAGGAGAUACUAAAGAUCCUAAAUGCAGUGGCGCCCCCAAGAGGUGGCCAGAGGUGGCCAUGGCCACCGCUAUAAAAUUGCUGGCCACCCCAGGGAAGACCAGUCUUCUUUAAUAAGUCAUAUUAAUGUUCACACAAACCAUAAAUGUUUAUGUUUGUGUUUAUUCAUUCUGCAGACGCUUUUAUCCAAAGCGACUUACAAUUUAUAACCUAUGGGACAUGUUGUGAUGUGUGGGGGAAACCGGAAUACCCGGAGGAAACCCACGUAUGCAUGGGGAGAACACGCAACUCCACGCAGAAAGGCCACAGCCGAGUUUCGAACCUGCAACCUUCGUGCUGCAAGACAACAGUGCUAGCCACUGCGCCACCAUGCAGCCCAAAUGUAUUAAAUCUAAUGAAGACAUACUGGGAAAAGGAAUAAAAUCAGGCUAAAUUUCCAAGAGUUACCACGAGGAUCAAUUUGGUGACCCACCCCAAAAUUUUCUCUGGCCCCAUGGCCACCCCUAUGAAAUUUUCUGGGAGCGUCACUGCCUGAAUGCUGGAGAUUCCCUGUGAAAUUUUCUCUGAUCCCAAUAAAAAAUGUUAAGAAAUGUGAGCGUUUCGGUCUUCUGCGCUUUGAUCGACAGAUCAAGGCCAUUCUGUGUGUCAUCAGUCAGAACUUGCCUCCUGUAUGACAGAAUGAGGGCAAUUUUCAGCUUAACGAAUCUGAAAUCUUUAAUGAUUGCUGCAGAUUCGCCAUUUCUGAGGAAUUUAUGGCCCUCAGCUGCUAACACGAGUUAAAGUUGGAGUGAAAAAGGUCAAAAGAUGGAGGGUGAAGGGUUGGGUUAAACUUGAGGAUCACGUUGAGGACAAACAGUUUACGUCCCUGAACGCCAGCUACUGUAGAUGAACAGUAAACGCAACGCUAAAAGGAGUAAAGUAUCAUUACACCCGUGUCAAGGAUGCUUAAUGUGAAGGGAUGAAAAAAACGAGUAUUUGACACCGUCCCUCUCUUCUUCCCGUCUUUUCUUACGUAUCUCCUUUACUGUCCUCGCUGGUGCUGUGACAUCUGAGGCUGGCGGUUGUCUGGCAUCUUCUUCUCUUCGACUCCUGGCGUUCCUCGUGUUUGAUGCCAGGAGUUUGAGCUUUAAUUCAUGAAGGUGAGGGCCCCAAAGGUUCGGCUUCAUUACUUUAAAACCACAGAUGACGUUCGGUCGCCUCGCAAAUGUUGAGACACCACAUGGUUUGUGGAAAGCUUCUGGUGUCGGGUGACUUUUACCAGCUUUAGACUUGUCUUCAAAGGUGGACGAACACUUACUUUGGUGAAAGAAGCACUAUUUUAGAUUUAAUUUAGGUUUAACUUCGGUAAAAACCUGCCUUCCAAACAAUGUAAAAGUGUCCAUUCUGAUUGCAAAUUUGGGGACACGAGAGGGACUUCUGGAACUAACCCUAACCCUAGACAAAACAGAUUAUAAAUUUUAUUGUUUAAGGAAAACAUUUCCCACAGGAAGGACUUCCUGUACUCGUCUGCAUUGCAGCAAAGCCAGAAGACGCCUCUGAGGACACAGAAUACCACCCAGGACAAAGCCGGCUUUUUGUUUUGACCAGAUUCUGCUUAUUUGAGUCACUGAUUCUGAUCCAGCUGCUUUUCCUCUGCGUGUCAAACACACAAGUGACGUUCCGCAUCUUCCUGCAAACACAGACGGCCUCAAACAUUCUCUGGAAUUCCUGUCCUUGAAAAAAAAGUGUUGUUUUUGUCCCAUCAUAUCUGUGGUCAGUUCAGGAAUCUCAAUCUGAGUCAUUCAAGGAAAAUAUCAAAAAGUGAUUGUUGGUAGCUUAUGGGCCAUUCCCAUCUGUACCGGGUCGGCCCGGGCCGGGUAGCGUAGGUUGUUUACAUAUCUGGGUGGCCCGGUAUUUUUCCGGGCCAUCCAAGGCUCAUUCUC